AUGAGCCACAAUCACAGGAAAAGGACUGUUUUUGCAUGGGAGGAUGAUGAGAUGGUCAGUCUCUCAGAUAGUGAACCUGGGGUGGAACCAGUGGAUGUCUGUAAAGAGGUUUUUUCAGAUUCCAAAAUUCCAAAGAAAAAGAAGCAAAAGCUAGACUAUGUUGGUGAAGCUUUACAGAGAGCCAGGUUAAUAAUGGGAACCAAUAAAGAGCGUAUCGAGCAGAUGGAGGCCAGGCUAGGUGGAGUGCAGGAUGGGUUACACAGGAUGGAUCUCGGCAUGGCCGAUAGGCUUUGUCAGGUGGAAGAAACUCUCAAUCGUCUUUCCGAUGUCUUAUUUGCCAACCAGGAAAUUCCCAACCACCAUCGAGAAGGAAACGACGGGGGACGGAUGGUGGUAUCUUCCAAAACAGCAAAACUUGAAUUUCCUCGAUUUUCAGGAGAUGAUCCGACGGAAUGGACAUUGCGAGAGGAAGGUCGUGCUCUCUCAUGGGAAGAUUUUGAAGACGAACUCGGGGCUCGCUUUGGGCCGUCAGAGUGUGAAGAUUUUGAUGAAGCCCUUUCGAGGAUAAGACAAGUUGGUUCUUUGCGUGAUUACCAGCGGGAAUUUGAGUGCUUGGGCAAUCGAGUUCACGGAUGGAUGCAAAGAGCUCUUGUAGGAACUUUUAUGGGUGGCUUAAAGACAGACAUCUCGGAUGGUAUACGGAUGUUUAAGCCCCAGACAUUAAAAGAAGCCAUCAGUUUAGCAAGAAUGAAGGAUGAUCAAUUGACUAGACAAAGGAGGUUUACAAGACCUGCACCACCAACGCAAGCUCCCCAAGCUCUUCCCCCUAUUACCCGAGCAGCACCACCAACCCCUGUUGUUCCCAUGAGGCGACUUACUUGGGAGGAAAUGCAGCAGAGAAGAUCCCAAAAUUUAUGCUUUAAUUGUAAUGACCGUUUUACUGCAGGACACAAAUGUCAGGGCCCACAGAUACUCAUGUUGGAGAGUUAUAAGGAUAAUGGCAACCUGUUAUGCGAUGAUGUCACCGAAGAACAACCAGUCGAAGAGAAUCACGAAGGGCCUCCUGAACCAGAAAUUACACUGCAUGCACUAACAGGAUGGACAGCUCCCAAAACCAUGCGAAUUGCUGCCAAGAUUUGUGCCCACGACGUCAUCGUAUUAAUCGAUAGCGGAUCGACUCACAAUUUUGUUAGCGAGCGUAUGGCCAAUUUGCUGCGUCUACCGGCAGUGCCUACGGAAACCUUCACGGUCCGAGUUGCUAAUGGGGAAAAUCUCAGAUGCCAAGGGAGGUUUGAGGAGGUACAGAUCAAUUUACAGGGCACCAUUUUUUCUUUAACCCUUUAUUCCUUACCUCUCAUAGGGUUAGAUGUGGUUUUGGGAAUUCAAUGGCUUGAAAGUCUGGGUUUCGUGGUAUGUGAUUGGAGGAAGUUAACCAUGGAAUUCACGUGGGAAAAUCAGACUAAGAGAUUGGUAGGCAUUGAUGGGCAAAAUAUCCAAGCGGCCUCAAUUGCAGAGCUAACUAAAGGAGUUCGACCUAGCCAUGCUCUGUUUGUUGUUUGCCUACAAGUUGCCCAGACGGAACUACCAAGGAAUAUUCAUUCAAGCAUACGGGAGUUAUUACAGGAAUUUUCAGAUUUGUUCAUUGAGCCUUCAAGCUUACCACCAACAUGGGAAGUUGAUCACGACAUUGCCCUCAAGGAUGGAACCGAACCAAUUAAUGUUCGGCCUUACAGAUAUGUGUAUUAUCAAAAGAACGAGAUUGAGAAACAGGUCCAAGAUAUGCUACAAUCCGGGCUUGUGCGACCCAGCACUAGCCCCUUCUCGUCGCCCGUAUUACUGGUAAAAAGGAAAGACGGGAACUGGCGAUUUUGCACAGAUUAUCGCGCGCUCAACGCCGCAACCAUUAAAGACUGA